GAAAAAUGACGUUUGUUGACAAGUGUACUUUGUUAUCGUGCCGAUUAUUUUCUACAUUUUUCACCAGAAAAAAAUUCUCGUGUAUAAGUGCAAUCAAAUUUCAUAUGGAUAGUAGAAAUGAAGCAAAAUCAACUAUGGAAAUCUCAAAUGUACAACCCAUUAUUGCAAUAUACCGGCACGCACGGCGGACAUUUGAUGACAAACUCAAAAGUGAAUUCACGACCAACUUAAACAAAUUAAAAUUGAUGAUGGACGCGCUAAGAGCUGAUGAUCUCGGAUUCGACACUAGCCUCAGUGAACCAGCGACUUGGAAAAAACCCAAUAAAGCGCCUUGCACAUACAUAGAAGUGUUUCAAAAUAGUAAAAUAAAUAUGAGUAUUUUUGUGUUGAAACCUGGCUUUAAAAUGCCUUUACAUGACCACCCUCAUAUGCACGGAUUAUUAAAAGUGAUUGUGGGUGCUGUGAAAAUUAGAAGUUUCUCUGAGUAUCCUUUGAAAGAGGCUGCUAACGAGUUAGACUUCGCUGUACGUGCGAAACACGAAGCGGCGCGUUUGACUCAAGGUAUUCAUAAACGUAGAAGAUUAUUUGCAAAAGUCAGUCACAAUCGUAUAUGUAGAGCUAACUCUGAGACAUGUACUUUAACACCUACAGUUUCAAAUUAUCAUGAAAUAGAGGCUCUAGAUAUGCCAGCAGCAUUUUUUGACAUCCUCUCACCACCCUAUGACACAUUAAUCAAAGAUAUUGGUCCAAGGAGAUGUCGGUAUUAUAAUGUAGCAAAUGAAAUAAGCACUAAUGUUGUAGAAUUACAAGAAACAGAUGUGCCAAAAUGUUUUUAUUGUGAUCAAGCACCAUAUUUAGGACCCAUACUAGGUUAGGUACAAAUUUCUUUAGUAAUAAUUAGUCCGUUUCAAAUUAUCAAAGUUCUGUUUGAGAGAUCUUUUUCUGAUACUAGCAGUAAUAAAUAUAUAUUCUCUCUUAACAAUGUUUAUAUUUUGCUUUUGGUUUAUGUAUCUAUUUAUAUACUUUUAUCUUAAUAAUAAUAUUUUUUUUCUCAUAAAUUUAAAUAUAGAUAAGUUACUAGUUUUUAUUUUUAUUAUAUUUGUAAAAGAAAUGGUCACUUAAACAGAAUAAUGGGUAUUAAAAGAUAUUAUAAUAAUAAGUCAAAUUCUCUUAAUUAUGGAAUAUAAUCCCUAGUCUAUACUUGGGAACUGCCAGAUUUAUAUUACACAGAAAAAAUAAUUAUUAUGUCUUAGAUCUUUGUUACAGUUUUCAGAUCUUUCUAAAUUUAUUUAGACCUAGAAAUUUGUUUACUGUGUUUUUAGAUCUUUCUAUAUCUAUAUUAUGUUGCUUGAGCCGUAGUGUAUUCAUAUUGAUUGAAAACAUUCAGGCAGUUUUACAUCAGUAACUAUAAAUAUUAUAGAACCAUGUGACAGGUGAUGCUUUGUUGCCAUGAACUUUUUUAUAAUUAGAGUAUUAAAAAAAAUGUAUUUGUUUCAAAUUAAUCAUUUUUUAUGCUUCAAACAUUAAUUUACAUUAUAUAAUUGAUUUAAAUACGUUUAAUAGAUAGAAUUUAUUAAAUGCCAUUUCAAUUCUAUCUAAUAAAAAGUUAUUUAUUAACACUGGUGAAGUUUCUAAUACUCAGUGACUACACUUUCAUCCUGUAUUAGCUACAAUACUUUUAAAAGUUCUCUACUUUAGGUAGUUUUUUAAAGGAAGCUAGCAUAAAUAGUAAAAAUGUCUCAUCUUAUUGCAAAAAAUAUCAUGUAAUUUUUCUUUCAAAAUUGCAUCGAAUAUUUUGUUUCACUCUCCUAUUCUGCAGAUAUCUUCACAUAUAUACAAAUGUCUUUGUCUUUGUAAAAUUACUUGAAGACCUUCUUAUUAGACACUUUAUUAAACUAGAGCAUUAUCCUUAAUAUGAGAUUUAUCAAAAUAUAAAUCACAUCAAUAUUAUUUAUUAGAAGUUUACAAAAUAUAGAUAAUUUAUUUUAUCUGUGUCAGCUAUCUAUAUAAUUUGUUUUAAUCUACAGUGCUGCUUAGAUGACAGACUAUCAUGCCUGGACUAUUGGCAAUUUUAAAAACUAAAAUCAUAUUUAAACAAUCUACCACACACAAUUAAAGUGAACUCAUUUUUUCAAUGUAUGUAUGUUACUUUAAUGGAAACAUCCUGUCACAUACAGGUUGUUAAUGUAACCAAUCACUAUUUUUGCCCCCAUACUAAACAAGAUUUUUGUCCAUACCACCAUUUGCCUGCGCUAUAAUUGUGUGUCAUCUUCUCAACACCUAAUAAGUAUGUCUGGCAAUCCUGAAAGUGUUAGUUGCAGUAUAAGUUCAGUCUAUGAUGAAUACUUAACUGGUAAAAAAAUGUUGAUAGUGCAAAUAAUUUUGUGCCUUCUUUAUUAACAUAAAAAUCGUAAAAUAUUUAAACUAAAAUUGUAUUAAGAACUGUUUACUAUGAUCUAACUAAUAAUACAUACACCAAACAAAGUUACCAUAAUAGUGUAUCAUUUAGUAUGCACAAAAUAAAAUGUCAUUUCAAAAAUAAUACUUCACAUAUGAAAAUACUUAGAAAUUGUAUCACUUUAUAUACUCAAUUAAACUUUGUACUGUAAGUAUACUAUUUAUUAAUAUUUUGUAACUAUUUUUAUAAUUUGACAACUGCAUUAUAUUCCACGUAACACAGACCUUUAACAUUUUAUCACAUUCCAUUAUUGUAACCUUAUUGUAACAUAAUGAUACAAAUUACUACUUAUCACAAUUUUAUAUGUCUGUACAUACAUAUAAAUUAAAACUUCAUUAUUUAGAAUGUGGUUUCAAACUAGUCGUAAUCUUAUAUUAAUAUUUUUUAUAAGUUCCCCAUGGUCUGUAUAUGUGUACUAUCAUUACUAUGACAUAUAUUUUACCAUUCAACAAUAAUAUUGUCAAAGUCGUAGAAUACUUACGGAUAUAUAAAAAUGUGAUCUUCGUCAUAUCCGUCAGUAUUCUAUAACUAUGACGAUAUAAUAAUAAACUACUCGAAUGAAAAAAAAUCAAUAUGCACUUUUCACCUAUAAUUAAAUAAAAAUAAUAAUGUUAAAAUCACAUUAUAAUGAUAUGCUUAUAUAACUCAUUAAAUCGACUUAUUACUGUAAAUAUUAUAUUUUUUUAUUUAAUUAAAAAAGUAAAAAUUACAGUUUCUACUUGAAUAUUUUUUUAAUAAUUGUAUUAUAUCCCCUUCUGUAGAAUUAUCUAAAUCAUUAUGUAUUCAUGUUCUUUAAUUAAUGAUUUAUCUUGUUAUUAUUAUAAUAUUAUUAUUAUUCUUCAAUAUCAAUAACAAUAACAAGUAGUAAAUUUUCAGACUAAAUUGAUAAUGUCAUAUCUGGUAACAUAAAUCUGUGAUUUUAAAUAUUAUAAUGAAUGAAAAGUAAUGAAAUAAAAGGACACCAAUAUCUUUAACAAUAGCUACAUUCACACACACACCAGUAAUUUAUUAUUUUCUAAAUAACUACUUACUAUGUGUGCCUAUUUAAUAUAAUAAACCUGUAAUAAUACCUACAUUCCACAACAUAAUAUUUACCUGAUUUGUAAGACCAGAGGAAGACUUUGUACAAAUGUCGUUUACUUGGGCACCUUCGUCCCAAUCGUGUUUCUAUGGCAGUGAAUUUAUAGGCUACAGAGGAAUAACACCUGAGUCCUCAGGAAUAGCAACGCAUGAGGGGUAUAAUGGGCGAAACAGUAUACUCUUAUGUCCAUGGUACUGCACUAUAGGCGAUGGUUACCGCUUUCCAUCAAGUGGGUUUCUAACUCAUACGUGAUGUUCAUCACUUCAAAUAUGAACAAUUUAUUUGUUUAAAAUCAAUUUUAGCAUUGUAAAAUGCCACUAAGUUUAAUUUUAUGUAAUGACGUUUCAUAGUAUGACCAUACAUUUUAGGCACUUUUUUUUAUUAUUAUAUAUUCUACCUAUAUUUUAUGUUUUCAAUUAUCUCUAUCCUUGAUUUUUAUAUUUUUUUAACUACAAUUCAAUGAUAUUUAAAGGAAAAAAUUUUAGAGAUGUUAUAUUGGGUCUGAGAUCUGAAAGAGGUGCUUUAAAAAUUUGGCUAUAUAAAUGUAAUUAACAAAUAUUGUUUUGAUAUUUACUAUGUCUAGGUAUCUUAAAGCAGUAUUACCUGUUUCUUUGUUUAUAUAUAUACGCAUUUGUCACCGAUAUCUAAAUUGAGAUAAUAGAAUUAAUGACUACACAGACAUUGAAAAUACGUAAGUAGAGAAAUAACAUAAACAAUUUUUUUAUUGUAAAUUGAAAAUUUAAUUUUUCUUCAUAAUUAUAUUAUUAAAAUUGUUAAACUUAUUUCACGGAAAUAGUUAAUAUUUUCAACUUUCAAUAUAAUUAUAUUUGAAAUUCACCAUGUCUGGUGACGUGUACUUUCCUCAUGUGUCUGACAUUAAUUAACAUACUCUUAACAACAAACUGACAGCUAUAUUAAAGCAAUUAGUUUUUAAAAUAUAACACAACGCUUUAUAUUUUUGUAAUUUAAUUUGCAAAAUUUUUUAAAAAUAAUAUUUAAUAUACUCAUGAUUGUUAUAACUACAGCAGUUGUCAGAGACGUAAGAGAGAGAAUUACUUACCUACUUAUUACCAAGCAUAUUUAAAUCUCUAACUGCGGUUGCCAAGCGUGGCAACUACUGACAAAACCCCUCAAUGGGGGAAGCCUAUAUUCAGCGGUGGACAGUUAACGGCUCAUACAGUAUGGUUUAUUUAAAUCCAACAUAGUGCCAGAGGUAGUAAGGCACGAACCUACAGCCGUAUUACGUAUUAAUUUGUAUUGAUAAUGGGUUUUCCACUACCGAAAAGUUAGUAUAAAAUGUAUUUUAAUGCAUUAAAAUUUAGCGUCGGCUAAAUUCGAAUUCAUGAUCUUUUGGGAUCUGUAUAAUGUAACAUUAGUCCCUGACGACGCCCUAAUUAUGGUGUUAGUGCACAAAAAUAUGAUUUUGAUCUCUUAAGUAUUCGUAUAAAAAUUACGUAAUUUAUCACAUUUAAUUAUAAGUAGGUAGCACAAGCUCAAAUUUAUUGUAUACUUAUUUAACAAAAUUACAACUUAUAACCUUUAUGUCGUAUAAAUUAAAUUUUAUUAAAAUAAGUUAAUUCAAGUGUAAAUAUAAAUGUUUUUGUUAAUAAAAGAUUUAAUUUGUUUAUUUACUUUAUUUUACUGUGACCUUUUUGAUGGACUGCGUACUACUGAGUGAUUAGUGCGAGUUGUACAAAAGUUUACAUUUCAAUAGAAAUUUUCGAUUUACGCAAAUUUUGUACUGAAAACUUACUACGCCUCUAACGGAUAGAUUUGGAAACUCAGAGUUUCAUUCUAUACAAAUUUAUCAGCAUAAAAGUGAACGCAGUCGUUCCUUAAAGGCAUAAGGUUCUUCAGAGUAGGCUAAUUACUGUUAAAUCCACAGUUAAAAUUGAGUAAUAUUUACCUAGAUAGGUAAAUAUUAUUCAGGUUUUUGAUAAAUCUUAAAUAUGCACAAAAAAUUAGAACGUUACUUUCUUCGCGAGUGCCUUCUAUUUGAAAGUUAUUAAAAAAAUAGAUGAACUUAUCGAGACCUAGAUCACAGUGUAAGUAACAACUAGUGGUCCAACGACUGUUAUAUCCUGGAUGGAAACGAGAAAUUGGGACACACUGUUGAAGAAAUGUCGGUUGGACGACUGAUAGAAAAAAGUUCUUUAGACUGUGUCUGGACCUUAGGCCUAGAUAUUUACAUUGAACUAUACAAAGGAUUUUUUGAUAAUCCGAUUAGAUUAGUCAUUAUCUUAAUUACAUAUAUUAUUUGAUACUAUAUAAUUUGAUGGCUAUUAUACUCAUUAUUCUAUAAUUUUAAUUGGUUAUGAAUACACCCUAAUAUGGUAAAUGAGAAAAUUUGUAAUUCGAAAUAGUUUGGA